AUGACCAAGGUUGGAUCAAACGUUGAAAAGUUCAAUCUUCACGUUUCCGAGCAACUUGAGAACCUUGCCCACUAUGGGGAGGAGUCCAAGGAUGUACUGAUCCACCUGUUUGAAGGGUACAAGGCAGCAUCUGAUAAGUCAUUCGUGUCAUACAUUGAAAGAAAAGAAGAAAAACAUGAGGAUAACUCCGAGCCAACAAACGAACCCAGGCUCAUGCAGGACGCUGAAAACUAUUACAAGAAUCGUGUUUGGGACCAAACCUGGAAUCGCCCUGAUGAAAAUCAACAAGCUAUCCUCUCGCUGAAGGCCGAGUUCAAGCAAAUCAAAAACUCCAAGAAGCCUGAAAGCGGAAAGAAGAAGGACAAUGACAAGAAGUCCGGAGGUGGUAAGAAUAGAGGCAAGGGCAAGAACAACAAUAGGCAAAAAUCUUCGAACGUACCUGCAUGGAAGACCACUGCACCAAAGGCAGAAGACAAACUUAAGGCAAAGUAUGUUGACGGUGACUCCAAGCCAUGGUAUUGGUGCGAAGCUCUCAAGAAAUACUGCCGCCACACUCCGGAUCAAUGCAACCAAGACCAAAACAAAGACAACAAAAAGAACAAGAUCAAGCUCAGAGCCGCCAUGGCUGAGAAUUACGCCCCAUCCGACUCCGAUACCGAUGAAGAAUGA